GUGUGUGCAAUAGCUAGUUGUUGUCAAGCGGUGGUUAUGGAGACGUGGAAUUAUGGUAGUAAUAGAGUUAAUGUUGCUUGAAAAGAGGCUCCAGUAAAUUAACUUUGGUUGCACAGAAAAAGGUUGCUGAUAGCUCUGAACAUUUGAGAUCGUUCAGUGGAUGUAGUUCCCACGUUUUAUUUUUUCGCAAGGUCUCUUUUCUUCUGGAGUUUUCCUGACACUCGUUUUUCUCGUACUGUCAUACUUUAUUGACAUCUUUUAAUGUGUCCAGAAUCUUCAUAUAAAAAAAAGGUUUGUUUUCGAUAAUGUUCACUUCACUUUUGAUGUAAAUUUAUAUCUAAUCAUCAUCUAUGAAGAAAGUCUUUCUUUGGACCCUCCUGACUGGAUUAAUGCAGCUGAAAUGUCCAUGGUGGAGUAAAAAGUCUUGCUCUGCAGGAUGCCUCACAAGGUAGGAUUUAUAGUGAUCAGUUCCUCUGGGCAUGAGGAUGGCUACAGUGCUAAGGAGCUGAUGGUCCAUGCUCCAACUGUCAGUGGGUGGAGGUCAGCCAGUUCAGGCACCUCACAUCCAGAUAAAGGACUUGAGCUGGAAAAACUCAGCUUCGAUGAAAAGAAACAGGAAGCUGUUGAGAUGGAGCGUUAUGACCUUGCAAAGAAAUUGAAGCAGGCCAUUGCUGACUUACAAAAGGUAGGCGAACGUCUUGGUCGUUAUGAGGUGGAAAAGCGCUGUGCUGUAGAGAAGGAAGAUUAUGAUUUAGCUAAGCAGAAAAAGCAUCAAAUGGAUGAGUAUCGUAUGAAGGUUUAUCAGCAGCUCAAACUACAUAAUUUACUGGAUACUACGGUGAUACGCAGACCAUCUGAUUUUUUGCCAGAGCCUCUCAGUUAUCCUUCUCCCCAGCCACAGAGCUCUGAACAGCCAACACCAGUACAGUACAAGCCAGAAGGGAAAUGGAGCAACAUACUGAGUCUAAGCCAGAGACUCCCUCCAGCAACUCCAGUUAAACCAGUAGUUCCCAAGAUUAAUGUUAAUUCUUUGCCAUAUGAUGAGAGACCUCUACCUGCUCUUCAAAAACAAAUGGGUGAACAGCAGAGUUUUCCUUCAGAACCCUCACCUCCCGAUUCAGACAGAACUGCUCGAGGAACAGGGAUCACUGGCCAGUUUCCCAAUUGCGUGUAUGGUGAAGGCUUGGUGGCAGGAGCUUACUCCAAAACCUGGUCCUAUCGUGAGGAUGCCUUAUUAGCUGUCUACAAGAAACUAAUGGAUGUACCAAUGGGAACAUCAAAAGAAGAUUUGAAAACUAUGAUUCGUGCUGCUAUCUUUCUUGUCCGGAAAGGCCUUUUGGACAAAGUUUCAUCAUCCUCUUUCUUACCCUGGACUCAUACAGGACUUCAAUGUGUGGAGAUGGCUCUUUUUAAGGAAGUGAAAGUUCUGCAGGUUAUCCCGACUGAGCUGGUGAAACCCCUGAAAACAACAAUGCCUGCCCGUCUUGCUUUAAGCCAGAUGGAGCUUUUAGAACGCCUGCUGAAAGAUCUUGGCACAGAUAACUCCGGAUUUACAGUGGACAAUGUUAUGCAGUGUGCUACAGGAGCACUAGAACACAGUGCAUCAGAGGUUCGUGAUUCAGCAGUAAGACUAAUUUUAAGCAUGUACCACAAGCAUAAGAGCACAGUGCUAACGUACCUCCCAUCUGAAGAUGCCAACACUCGUAAAAAUAUUCUCUACAAGACUCUGUUUGAUGGAUUUGCAAAGAUAGAUGGACGGCCGACAGAGGCUCAAACAAAAUUACAGAGGAAAACUGCUACUCAGGCGGCAGAGAAGAAGAAAAAAGAAGAGAUCCUUGCACUGCAGGAACAGUUGGCUGCCCUAAAGGAAAUUCAGGCAGAGGUACAAUCUGGGAAGGAUAAAGAACGGGACAUGCUUACUGCUGGGAAAGCAGGUGGAAAGAAGGCCCCUUCUGCAAUAGCUGACUCUGGGGAUGACCACUCUUCUGUUGUAAAUUACUUAGACAACUUAUGUAUAUUCUGUGGCGAGAGAGAUGACUCCUUUACAGAAGAAGGCUUAGAUCUGCAUUACUGGAAACACUGUCCAAUGCUGAAACGCUGUGAACACUGCAGACAGGUGGUGGAAAUUUCUAGCCUUACAGAUCACUUACUAACAGAAUGUGACAAAAAGGACAGUUUUGGUAAAUGUCAGCGCUGUACGGAGGCAAUUCCAAAAGAAGAAUUGAUUGAGCAUAUCCGUGCAAAAACAUGUAAUCCUGCAAAGUCAGAAAAAGUUGCCAAUUACUGCCCUUUGUGUCAUGAAAACUUUUCACCUGGAGAAGAGGCCUGGAAGUCUCACUUAAUGGGAAGAGAUGGAUGUAAAAUGAACCCACGAAGGAUACAGGCCCUACAGAGAACCCAGUCAAUCCAAGGUAAGACCAACAAUCUGGCUGUGACUAAACCAGGAGUUUCAGGCGUAAAAGGUCGCUCACCAUCUAGCAAGAUACCAGCACCACGGGCUGGAGUUGGUAAAACAAUCAACAGAACCUCAGCAAAGCCUUGAAAACUUUUUGGCUACAAAUUUGAUUAUUUUUGUGUAAUCAAUUUUCUUUUCUAAGGACUAUGCAUUUUCCAGUUUUAUGAUCAUAAAGGUGAAGAUUUCGUUUUUAAUCAUGUUGUUUUUAAAAAUUCAAAUCUUGCCUUAAUUUUAUAGUUUUGUUUUAAUUCACAACUACUAUUAAUCUUGUUUAGGUUUUGUGCUGAUCUAAUCACACAUACUUAAGUAAAAGACAUUUUUACCUCGCACAACUUAUUCCAGGAUUUAAGCUUGAGUAAGAUCAUAACAUCCCAUACUGCAUUUUAAAAUCGUAAAAUAUUUACAAUUGUCUCCUUUAUUGAACAUAACUAGCUAUGAGACAAAAAAACUUGUUUAAGAGUGCAAGAAAAUGUACAAUAUAGCAACAGCUGUAACAUGCUUGAGAUGGUGCAUUUUUAAUUUAUUUUUAUGUCAACUUUUAGAGGAUAUUUUCCUUUUAUAAAGUCUUCCUAAACAUAUUUUGGCAUUAAUUAUUUGAAUAUAUUUUACUUAAAGGUCAUGUCUCCCCUUUUUUAUGAAAUGUGUGAUGCCCCUCAUAAAUAAAUAUUUAUAGUUGAGAUAACAAGUUUGAGAACCUUUUGGAAUUUUCUGCAUUCCUGCUUGGAUGGCACUUAAAGUGUAGUCUGGUCUUCAACCAAGACCAAGUCCUAAUAACUGAUCAAGACUGCUAAUUAAACAAAUAGCAUACACAAAAAUUAUACCUUUUCAUAACUACACUGAGUGUAUUGCAUAUUCUUUGUUGAAUUUUAUUAAUAUUAUUUGAAGAAAACAACAUUCCAUCUUAACAAACCAUAAUUCUACCACUGCCUCAGAGAAAGAGAGGAGAGACUACAACAUGGGCAAAUCUUUAAAAAAAAAAAAAAAAGAGUGUCCUUUUCCCCACUAUAAAUUCUUGUUUUAAGAUUUGAUUAAUUAGAUCUCACCACAUUUUAAAAAAAAAAGUUUUGAACAGAUCCCCUAAGUGAGAAUUUAAUU